UGUGAAAGGACUUGCACGGACCGGCACUCAACCCCCUGGGGACCGGCAGCGGUCCGGGGACCGGCGCUUGAGAAACUGUGGUCUACAUAGUGAUAUCCGCCAACCGAGUUGUUAUUAUUUAUUUUGAUUUGUAUAAAAUGGCUUCCAAAAUGGCUCAGGGCGGUUUCACCUGCUGCGCGACCAGCCAAUUGAUACAUGCAAUUUUACAUUUGUGAAGAUUUCCAGAUAAAAAAGAAUAUAUGGGAGUGUGAAAGUGAUGUGUUUUAGUAAACCAAAGCAACUCCAUUUUGCUUAGUAAACCAAAGAAAUUCCUUUUUGCUUAGAAAGCUAAAAAGCUCUAACUUAGAGUAACCUCAGCUGCUCAGCCCAGGGACAUUCUCUGCAACAUUGUCUUUAACAAUAGUCAUCAUUACCUCUCUCUCUAGCUAAGCAAAGUAACAAUGAUAGUAGCAAUUGAAAUGCUAAUGAAACAGGCGCUUGGUUCCCAGGAGAGAGAAGAUCACCUGAUGCACAGUAGUGUUAAGUUACGCAUGCGUAUUAGAAAGGAUUAGGUCAUCGGUUUGGGAUGUGUAUUGGGGGCCGGGAACUUCUCAGCGUUCAUUUUGUGGGAUGUAUAAAAGUGUAUUUCUAACUGUGCUCUGGGUAUUCAAUGUCAUGCGUGAGCUCCAUUGUCUACCUUGCUAUCGCGAUGCAAUAAAACGCCUCUAAUUGAUUCCCACUGAGUCUGUUUGAUUGGCGAAAAGGCGGACCCAAGGACGAACUGAAUUCACAUCAAUUUGGUGCCGUGAGUGUCGGAUGUGACCUGGGUGGACGAUCUGACCCGCCACGGGACAGUGAGGGCCAGCGCACACCACAGCCUUUGUCUGCGGAGGAUUCUCGUGGCCCCGGGACGUGCCAGUCGUUACUACACGCUACAUCUGGGAAUCGAGGCAGGAGUGAAUGGGAGUCUGGGUGGAGAGUGAAAUCCAGGGACGUCUUUGGCAACACAACGGCCGCCACUAGAGGGACCACAACACCCUUUCCAGCCAGGCGAUCAGGUGUACCUUGAGAAAUGGCAGAAGCCUAACCUCGAGCCACGGUGGACGGGCCUGUUUACAGUGCUCCUAGUGACCCAAACUGCAGUUCGUCUCUCUGGAUCAAGGACUUGGACCCAUCAUACCCGAGUGAGAUUCGCGCCUAUCCCAGCAGAGGAACCAGAAGACAACAACAACUGGGCGGUGACCAAGCAUGGAGACCUGAGACUCACUUUAUGCAAACAGCCACCACCAAAACUCCCACCAGAGCCUCUUUCCCUUGAAGAUACUCUGGCAGUGUGGGAAGCAAUGGAUGAAGGACACUUUUAAUUUUCUCAAAUAUUUUUCCUGCAAAGAACAAUAUUUUUUCUCCUCUUCUUUUAAUUUUUCCUGUACUAAGGGAGGAUGUAUCUCUUUUGGUGUUUGUCAUGUUAUUUCUUGUGUACAUGGUCAAUUCAACACCCACAUGCUCCACUUUUACAGACUUUAGCUGACAUUGCCAACUUAAAUGACUGCUGGCUAUGCAGUCACAUGGCAAGCACAGAAGGGGAUAUUUUAAAUGUAGUGGCCAUUCCAGUCACACUUGGCUGGUGGAUUACUUAUCCACAAACCACAGAACAGCCCCAUUAUUUUUCAAAUUACACUACAUAUUGGUCUUGGGGAAAACACAGCGAAACAAUUCACUUCCAAGGGAAAAGUAUUAGCUUUAAUCGCUAUGGUUACAUUCAACGGGAAACUCUCAACAGGAAUGCCCUUGGUAUCCCGGAUAUUAAGCUUUCAAGCCACGGCUUGCAUCCUAUCUGCACUGAAAAUAGAAAUGGUACAGCGAAGUUUUUGGGAGUGAAUCCCUACCACAGCUGUACACACAGAGUGUCCUUUAACAGCACGGACAGAACAUGGUUCUCUCAACACAGAGAGAACAAACUAGAAUGUUUUCAUAUUCCUUUUGAUUUAGCAAUACCUACUUCUCUUAGAGAAUUUCUUUUUCUUAACUUCACAAACUCAGAGUGGAUCACUGUUUCAAAGGCCCUGAAGCUUUAUCAUUCUUCCAUAUAUCUUACAAAAGGUUUUGGCCUUUGUCAACAGGCAAACCAGACUGAUCAUGUUUGUGAAGGCUCCAGUUUUAACACGCACACGCCUUGGUAUGACAUCUGGGUAACAAUUGCAUGUGCUUUUCCAGAGGGAGUAUCAAAAACAUGGAAGCAAUUUUUGGGCCACACAGGUAAAGACAUUGUGGAUUUGUGUAGCCAUGAUGUCAAUCUACCACGUUCAGGAAACAACUUAAUUGUUGCCUUACCAGCAGGCCUUUAUUGGGUCUGUGGGAACAGAGCCUAUCGUGCAUUACCCCCAGGAUGGACAGGCAGAUGUGCACCAGCCCAUUUAGCACCUACCAUUUAUGUGAAACCUACACUUAAUGCACCACAAGUUCUUAAUCUUGGAAGCUUGUUACACAGAACACGAAGAUAUGCCAAAAUCAAUUAUGUUCCAAACCCCUUAGCUACAUGAAACACUAAGUUCCAUCAAUGGGCAAGGACUAUACUACCUAGAUUAGGAGUCAAUCAACUAGAAAAAGCUAUCAUUAAUAUUUCCAGACAAAUCGAACUCUCAUUUAACCAGACACUGUUAGCCUUAACUGAUAUGGGCACAGAGAUAAAUUCAUUAGGAGAAGUAGUUAUGCAGAAUCGUAGAACUUUAGAUAUUCUCACAGCUCAAGAAGGCGGAGCUUGCGCAGUCCUAGGUGAAGUCUGCUGUUUUUAUGUCAAUGAGACUGGAUCCAUUGCUGAUCAUGUUCAAAAUCUUAAAGAUCAAAUAUGGCAUAACAUGGGAAAGGAAAACCCUAUGGAUAUAUGGGCAUGGCUCACUUCUUGGUUACCCAAUUGGGGACUGUGGGUACAGAAGAUAAUCAUAAUCAUAGUAUGUAUUUGUCUUUUAUUGAUAAUCACAUGUUGUUGCUUGCAAUGCAUUCCAACUUUAAUCCAAAUGUUUAUGAAAGCUUUUAGACCCCACCACAGUUUGGGACCUAAAUACACAUCCGUACCCUUACAAGCAUUGAUGAGAGCAUCCUGAAGCACCCUGAAGAUCCAGGGUGAUGCAUUAUUUCAAGGGGGGAAUUGAUGUGUUUUAGUAAGCCAAAGCAACUCCAUUUUGCUCAGUAAACCAAAGAAAUUCCUUUUUGCUUAGAAAGCUAAAAAGCUCUAACUUAGAGUAACCUCAGCUGCUCAGCCCAGGGACAUUCUCUGCAACAUUGUCUUUAACAAUAGUCGUCAUUACCUCUCUCUCUAGCUAAGCAAAGUAACAAUUAUAGUAGCAAUUGAAAUGCUAAUGAAACAGGCGCUUGGUUCCCAGGAGAGAGAAGAUCACCUGAUGCACAGUAGUGUUAAGUUACGCAUGCGUAUUAGAAAGGAUUAGGUCAUCGGUUUGGGAUGUGUAUUGGGGGCCGGGAACUUCUCAGCGUUCAUUUUGUGGGAUGUAUAAAAGUGUAUUUCUAACUGUGCUCUGGGUAUUCAAUGUGAUGCGUGAGCUCCAUUGUCUACCUUGCUAUCGCGAUGCAAUAAAGCCUUUGAUUGAU